CUGGACGCCGCACGCGGCAGCGGGGCCAAUCGCGAGGCGAUCGACAGGAUCCGGAGAGCCGUCGACGUGCGGAUUCAGGUAGGCGGCGGGGUGCGUACCGCCGAGGAUGCCGAGGCGCUGCUCGACUUGGGGGUGGACGCCGUCGUGGUGGGCACGACGCUCGCCACCCGCACGGCGGAGGUCCUGUCGUGGGCCGAGCGAUGGCCCGGGCGGAUGGUCGGCGGCAUCGACGCCCGCAUGGGGCAGGUGCAGCUCGCCGGGCUGGUCUACACGGCGGUCGACCGCGACGGCAUGCUGGGGGGGCCCGACCUCGCGGGCGGUAGCGCUGCGGCCGGCUCAUCCGGGCUGCCGGUGCUGUUUUCCGGGGGAGUCGGCUCCCAGGCCGACCUCGCGGCAAUCGCGGCGACCGAUGUCGCGGCCGGCGCGAUCGUCGGCACCGCCAUCUACGAGCGUCGCGUCGACCUGCGGAGCGCGAUCGAGGUGUUGCAGCACCCGAGUGACACCGCCCGGUGGGCGGCGUGA